AUGGGUUGUUUGCAGUCUUCCGAGACGAAUUCCGAGCCAGAAAAUGACAAUACUGAAGCCCAACCGAAAGUCUAUAGCUGGUAUGUAUCAUAAAAGCAAUUGAUAAGAUUUUUAUUGAUGCUUUAAUUUAACGAUUUGGAUGUAUUUUUGCAGAUGUCUUCAUUGAAACUUAUGACAAGAUGACAGAUAUUUAAUACUUCGUAGGCUUGUGGGUUUGCCUGGCAAUUGAGUAAUUGUUUUGAUUAUUUAUUCAAAAUUUUCAAUAGAAGCCUGGAUAUUCGUUUAUAGUGCAAAGCUGAAUUGGCAAAUUAUGCAUAAUUUUUCAAAGCGAAACAAUUUAUGUGACAGAUGUUUUGUAUUUUCACAACGGAGUUUUAAUAGCAAUGUACCCUAGUCCAGGACUAGAGGCUCCUUGUAUGUUAAAUGGAGAAUCAGAGUAAUGUAUAAUUAAACGUGAACUGGUAAUGUGUAAUCAAAUGCGGUGUUUUCACUUUGCGAUUCGGAAACAUAGCCCUGACUGGAAAGUUUGUAAAAUAUGCGCCGGAGAUUUCAAAAAUUUAAUAGUAAUUGUAUAGAAAGUAUCAAAAUUGUGUGCCGGCACAGAAUAGAGAAUAGACCAGAAGCCUCACUUCUAAAGCCAAAAUUAUGUUAGAGAUUUUUUAUGCGCAGGCACGAGCCAGCAAGUGUAAUCACAACGCCAUCAAACACGAGCAACACCAUCAGUACAAAAAAACAAAAGCGUAAAAUAUUUGCACAAUGAUUGAAGAAUAUGCAGCGUACACUUUGAGCAUGUUUUGCGAAUUUUAAGAAAAACCGUUGAUUUGAGGAAUAGACCUUUCCCCUUAUAACCAAAAUUUUGAUCUAGGCAACUCUAGACAAAUAUUUCAUCACAGCAUGAAAGAGCAUCACAAAAUUAGUAAUAUUCCAAAGUUUCGUUGCGAAAUGUUGUAAAAUGAGGAAAAUAGAGCCUUGUGAAGUUUGCUAUUUUCAGUCAUUUUGCAUUACAAAUGGGAAAUUGCAGACCCAACACCCGAAUCGUAUGUCAAUUUCCCGUUUGUAAUACAAAAUGACUGAAAAACGGCAAACUUUGCAAGGCUAUAUUAUCCGCAUUUUACAAGAUUUUGCAACAAAACUUUGGAAUAUUACUAAUUUUGUGAUGCUCUUUCAAGCUGUGAUGAAAUUUUUGUCUAGAUCGAAAUUUUAGUUAUAAGGGGAAAGGUCCAUUGACGCUGACGAACGAUGACGUGAUGUUCGCAGCAAUUAGUGUCACACAUGUUAUCUAGCAUGCGGAAUUCAUGAUCUGCAAGGCAAUGUUAGGCAAAGCUGUUGACGUUUGGCAACAAGUUUAAAACAAGCUGUUGACAACUUGUAACAAUCUUGUUGAUACUAUCAGACUUGUUGCAAGGUUGUUCCAACAAGUCCGAUGCAGUCAUGAUAUGACAAUAUCGUUACAACCUUGCGUCGUCAACCUUGUAACAUUCUUGUUAUAUCAUGACUGCAUCAGACGUGUUAGAACGACCUUGAAACAAGUCUGAUAAUGUCAUCAUGCUAAUGUUACAAGUUGUUAACAGCUUGUUCCAAACUUGUUGACAACUUGGGACAAGCAGACAUGCGAACACAACUUGUUGAUGGCUUGUUAUCAGACUUGCUACACUUGAGGUAUGAGAUUUUUGUGCAUACAACAAUGUACAGGCAAGUUGUUUGCUUGAUUUACACAGUCAGGGCUGCAAAUAAAUAUUUGACUGACAGGACAUUUGUCCGAUCACUUUAAAUUUUGGUCGGACAUAACUCGAAUUUGGUCGGACAAAAACCAACAUCACUAAAUUAUUAAAUUUGGUCAGACCAUAUAUAUAUAUAUAUAUAUAUAUAUGUCAGGAGACAAGUAUGCAUAGCCAUUCCGGCGCAACGUUAAUUUUAAGUAAAAUGCUAGAAUGCCUCGUAAAUUUUAUUGCAAAAUGCAAAUUCAGUGAAUUUGCAAUCAGAUUUCGUCACAGCAAAAAAUGUAUGUGACAAUUUUUUUGUGAUCUGACCAAUGUCCGAUCAACAAUACUUUUGCUCGGACAUUUGCCAAAUUUAGUCGGACAUUGUCCGAUGUCCGACAGUAAUUUGCAGCCCUGACAGUACAACUCAAAUUGUAAGUAGGAAAUCAGAAAAAAAAGUUUUGUCCAUUAAAUGUAAAUUGGGAAAGUUUUUUUGACCGAUCAAAGUCCUUGUUUAGGGAUAAAUAGUGUUUUUUCCAACAUGUUUCUCCUUAGAUACAAACAACGGUAGCUUGGUUUUGUACAUUUCAUUUCCGGUGAAUGAACACUGAAAGAUGCACCCGAUGGUACUUUCAACUUUGUAUAUUUCAUUUCCGGUGAAUGAACACGGAUGCACACCGAUUACACUUUGUUUUCAUUGUACAUUUCAUUUCAGUGAAUACACACCCAAUAUGAGUGAAACGCAAUACAUUUUGAGAAAAUAGUUAAUGGGAAAAAGUAAACAAAACGUUCUUUGAUAUUAAUAAUUUAAAAUCAAAUGCAAUGCACUCGAAUAGCAGUAUGCCAUGAUUAUUCGGAAAUUUUUUUCGUCAUUCGGAAAUUUUUGGCCUACACCCCCCAACUAUACAUGCUAGCUGCGGCCCUGGAUACAGACUUGCUGACUGGAAGUUCUCCAGGUCCCCGCUAAUUAUGUCCUCUCCAGUUACACAUCCUUAAAAAAGGCCCUGAACCAAAUGUUAUACCUCAUAGCAAUAUGUAUUAUUAAGAGCAAUGCAUGAAGCGAGAAAACUCAACGUUAACUAUAAUUAAAGAAUCUAAGUAGUAUAAGCUAUUGAAAAAAAAUUCUGCGAAAGAAAGUGUGGAAAAAAAAAUCGUACAUGGUGAUGGGAUAAAAAAAAUAUCUUGCACAUAACGAUCCCAGAAAAAAAAUUCCCUGCCAGCAGUAAAUCACCCACCUCUCCCCUCAAAAGUUAACUGGUCGGCCCCUUAGCUACUUCAAUUGGGAAGAGUCUGUCAAACGGACAGUAUAUGGGCUAGCUAACACCCUGGAAUUGCAUACAACAGUUUUAGGCAAAGUUGUAUACGUUUUAUUAAAUCGGCCUUAAGUGACAGAUGAAUUUAGGAUGUAUAACAAUGUUAUAGGGAGAAACGUGCCAACCUUGAUCCGAAUGAUUACAUCACAAAAAAACUGAAGGACAUAACGGUUGGAAAACUACCUGGAAAAAUUAAUGGACAGCAGUAUGUCAUCGAAAAUUGUGAA